AUGGUGCUCCUGGCGCAGGGCGCUUGUUGCUCGAACCAGUGGCUGGCGGCGGUGCUUCUGAGCCUGUGCUCUUGCCUCCCGGUUGGGCAGAGCGUGGACUUCCCCUGGGCGGCCGUGGACAACAUGUUGGUGAGGAAAGGUGACACGGCGGUGCUCAGGUGUUACUUGGAGGAUGGAGCUUCAAAGGGUGCCUGGCUCAACAGGUCAAGUAUCAUUUUUGCUGGAGGUGACAAGUGGUCGGUGGAUCCUCGAGUUUCCAUUUCCACAUUGAAUAAAAGAGACUACAGCCUCCAGAUACAGAAUGUGGAUGUGACGGACGAUGGCCCAUACACCUGUUCUGUGCAGACCCAGCACACACCCAGGACAAUGCAGGUCCACCUCACUGUGCAAGUUCCUCCGAAAAUAUAUGACAUCUCAAAUGACAUGACCAUCAAUGAAGGGACCAAUGUCACCCUCACUUGUUUGGCCACCGGGAAGCCAGAGCCUGCCAUUUCCUGGAGGCAUAUCUCCCCAUCUGCAAAACCAUUUGAAAAUGGACAGUAUUUGGACAUUUAUGGAAUCACCAGGGACCAGGCUGGGGAGUACGAGUGCAGCGCCCAGAACGACGUCUCGUUCCCCGACGUGAAGAAAGUCAAGGUGGUCGUGAACUUUGCGCCUACGAUUCAGGAAAUCAAGUCUGGCACCGUGACCCCCGGACGCAGUGGAUUGAUAAGAUGCGAGGGUGCAGGUGUGCCACCGCCAGCCUUCGAAUGGUACAAAGGAGAGAAGAAGCUCUUCAAUGGCCAACAAGGAAUCAUCAUUCAGAAUUUUAGCACAAGGUCCAUCCUCACAGUGACCAAUGUGACACAGGAGCAUUUCGGCAACUAUACCUGUGUGGCUGCCAAUAAACUGGGCACAACAAACGCGAGCCUGCCCCUCAACCCUCCAAGCACAGCCCAGUAUGGAAUUACUGGGAGCGCCUGCGACCUCUUCUCCUGCUGGAGCCUUGUGUUGACACUGUCCUCGGUCAUCAGUAUAUCCUACCUGAAGAACGCCGUCCUACAGUGA